CAGGAAAUCAGAUUAAUCUAAACAUCUCUUUUUUACAAUUCUAUUGAUUGUGUUUUUAGUGAAAGGGAGAAUGUCUUGGCUGGAUGAUGUGCCCAUUAAAAUCCCUCUGGGCUUCCUUGGAGAUGUCAAAGAGGAGGUAGAACUCGUCACAGCUCCAGAAAUCCUUGUGCCAGACUAUCUAAAGAUCCUUCAGGAAACAGAGUUUGAUUUCAGUCUUGAGAAGUGGGUUCUGAUGGGUGUGCAGGGUGGCUACAGUGUGCCGAAUGCACUCCACCCAAACAUGCCCUCUAAGGUGGCAGCAACUUGCCCUCCAUACUGGAUGCUGUUCAGCAGUCCUCAGCAGAGCAGACUGGCUAGCCGCUGGAGCAGUGACUUCUGGGAGCCCAAUCCUCGGCGACGCAGCCACAGUCUUAAUGCAGCUCACUUCCAUGUUAUGAAUGACCGAGUUAAGUUCAACAUUUCCAAUUCGGAUGAUGACUCUUCUGAUAAUGAAGAGGCUUCUUUCACAAGACCAAAAUGGAACAAUUCAGCCUUAAGAAGACAAGAGUUAGACGUGAAAGAUGUGCCCUCUCACUGCUCUUCACACUUCCUCCCACACCCACCUUCACAGUGCUCCAGCAUCCUACAGUGCUCUUUCCCAAAUUCGGAAGCACAAGGAAGGAACUUAUGGAAAAUCAAGAACCGUGAUGACUCAUUUCAUGAACUUUCAGUAAGCCAACAACGUUUGACCCUUGGGAACACAACUCCCAUCAUGCAGUCACCAGGCCUGAACUCCAACAUGCCCCUGACCCCUACACGGUCCCUUGAUUCCCAUGCAACAGUCCAUGACUCCUCUGUGGAACUGCUCUCAGCUCUCAGCCCUGAAGAACAGCAGCUCUUGGAGGCCGUGACGGAGCAUGGAUACCCUUUACGGACAGCCAUCAUUGCCCUGCAGAAAACAGGCCAUCGGAGCCCAGAGCAGAUCUUGAGUUACCUGGUGGCAUGUGACCAUUUGUGUGAACUUGGCUAUGCUGAAACUCAAGUAGAGGAAGCUCUGGAGAUGUUUCAGAACUGUGAGACGAAGGCCGAGGAGUUUCUCCACCUCCUCACUCAGUUUCAUGAAAUGGGUUUUCAGCAGAAUGAUAUCAAAGAAGUCUUGCUAAUGAAUGGGAACCACCGGGAUCGUGCCCUGGAGGAUCUCAUGAUGCAUGUCACCUGA